AGUCAGUUGCUCCGGGGGCAGCGAAGGGAGGCGGGGGUGGGGGUGGGGGGAAAAGGGUGAGGACAGCAACGCAAAAGCAGCGGCUGACCCCGCGCGCUUCUGCGCCCGCCUGCUUUUCGGGGCUACGAGGAGGGGGCGGCUGCGAGCCUUGCCGCCGCAAGUCCUCCUCGGAAGGCUCCCCCUCCUGCCCCAGCGGAACGUCCUCCCUCCCUCCCUCCUCCCGCCCGCCCUCUCCUUCCUCCUGGAGUCAGCGAACGUGUGAGCAGCGAUGGCGGCCGCCGGAGUGCUGGCGAAGCACGAGCAGAUUCUGGUGCUCGAUCCGCCCACCGACCUCAAAUUCAAAGGUCCUUUUACAGAUGUAGUCAUCACAAAUCUUAAACUACGAAAUCCAUCGGACAGAAAAGUAUGCUUUAAAGUAAAAACUACAGCACCUCGUCGAUACUGUGUGCGGCCAAAUAGUGGAAUUAUUGACCCAGGAACUUCAGUAACUGUAUCCGUUAUGUUACAGCCUUUUGAUUAUGAUCCAAAUGAGAAGAGCAAACAUAAGUUUAUGGUACAGACAAUCUUUGCCCCUGCAAACAUUACAGAUAUGGAAGCAGUGUGGAAGGAUGCAAAAUCUGAGGAAUUAAUGGACUCCAAAUUGAGAUGUGUAUUUGAAAUGCCUAAUGAAAAUGAUAAGCUGGUUUUAUCUUCAAGAUCUGUAUACAUAACUCCAGCCAACAGAAACUUUCUUCAGGAUCCUGCAAAUAAUAGACAGAAGAUUGACAUGAUGGAACCAGGCAGUGAGGUCAAAUACAAGAUGGAUCAGAAUGAAAUAGAAACAAGUAAAUCUGCUCCAAUACUGAAUACAACAAAACCAGAUGGUCUGGUGCCAAAAUCGCAUAGUGUUUCGCUUAAUGACACUGAAACAAGGAAGCUAGUGGAAGAAUGCAAAAGACUUCAGGCAGAUAUCGUGAAACUAUCAGAGGAAAAUAGACAUCUGAGAGAUGAAGGCUUGAGGCUGAGAAAGGUGGCACACCCAGAUAAACCUGGACCAUCAGGCUUGGCCCUCCGAGAUAAUGGCACCAAUCCUCUUCCUUCACUUCUUGUUGUAAUUGCAGCCAUUUUCAUUGGAUUCUUUUUAGGGAAGUUCAUCUUGUAGAAAGGGAGAAAGAGAAGAGAAAGAGAGAGAGAGAGAGAGAGAGAGAAGCAUGCAGAAUGCUGCUUCCUUUUUUUUUUUCUUGGCCAGAAAAAAAAAAUUACCUACCACUUCAUUGGUAGUAUGGCCAAAGUGACCAUUUUUGUGUACAGCAUCAUACAGGCUUUGCCUCGAAUGAUCUUGCACGGUUAGACAACACAAUAAAAAGACAAACUGUUCGGCUGCUGGACAAAAUUGUAUAUUAAUUCAUUAAUAGCAGGUGUCAGUUGCACAUUCAGUCCUUUAUGAAAACUCAUAAAUAAAGAAUUGUUCUUCUUUUUGUGGUUUUAAUAAGAGUUAAAAUUGUUCAAAGUCUUGUAAAUGUUAUUUUAAUAAUCCUUUUCAAAAUUUAUCUGUUAUUCUUGCCUCUUGGAAAGAAUAUUAGAAUGCUAAUUCGCUUGUUCAGGAAAAUGAUGAGGCAUUCUGUGGGGAAAUGUUCCUCUUAGUGUAUACAUUUUUUUCCUUCAACUUACUUUGCUGAUAUCAUGGCAGAAUUUCUUACCCUUGUGAGGUGGUUGUGGAAGAAAAAAAUAAUCAUCCUAACAGCCCUGUCCCAUGGUAUUUAACAAACAAAAUAAUAAAACUGUUAACAGACUUUCUGAUGGGUAGCUUGUUUCUGUGAAUUGUUCUUUUUGAAAGAUUUUACAACAUAUGCUAUACACAGCCUGUUCUUGUCACAGAUUUAUAUUGUUCACUAGUUGUGGCUUAGACUGGUGCCAGUCUGAUUUAUGGAAUCAAUUGUAUUUUGAUUUUUCAACCAGACUUAUUAGGCCAAGUGUCCAUAGAAGAACUAUAAUGUUUCCCUAUAAUGUUUCCAAAUAACCCAAAGUUAAUACUGAUUGAGAAAACAUUGAUUGAGUUUUGUGAAAAAAAUUAAACCUUGUUCAGCAAAUGUCUUGGCACAGCUGCCUGUUAGCUAUGCAUAUCUUAAUUCUAUAAAAUUCAUUUUAUUUGGUCUGAAUAUUUUUUCUGCACUAUCUUGUGGUUUGUUUAAUUUCCGCUAUUUACGUCAUUAAAUAGAUGAUUUUGAAAGUACAACACAGCUAUUCUACAUAAUCCAUCAUAAGAAAGUAUUUGAAAUUGAUAUUUUGGAAGGCUUAUACUUAUAAGAAUUUUGGAUGUCCUUGGAUAUAAUGAAGCAGUGCUAUGUAGAUUUUACAUAGCUGAGAACUGUUCCAGGAAAAAUAUAAAUCUUUGAUUUUGCCUUUGAUUUUUAAUGCUUUUUUAAAUGGACAAGCUACUUAUGUCAUAUACCGUCAUAAUUCGCUGUGAUAAGCUUUUAUAAACAUCUUGCAAUUUACAAAGAAGAUGAUGAACAAACUACUUGUCUGAUGUUUCACUUAAAAGCAUGCAAACACAGUUAUUCUUUGUGUUUUCUGGUAUCUGCCUUCUGACUUUGGUGACUUGAAGAAGCUUACUCAUACCCGGUACUCACUUAAUUGGUUCUAACAACAGUAGUAUUGUUCAUACUGUAUUGUAUAACUGGUAUAUCAGGAGAAAGCAUUCAUUCCUUGAAGGAACUUGAUCACUGGAAGAGAAUACAAGGAAGAUUUAUGUACAUAUGUUUUGAUAUUUCUGUGAAAGAAUAAAGCUUCAAAGAUAUGUUCUCUGUUAAAGUAAAUUAAAGCUGGUUUGCACUGGCUAAGUACUUUAGCAUUUAUUAGCCUGAACUUAGAAUUUAUUACAGAUAGCCAGAACUGUGGCAGAACAUAGUAUGGGGAAUUACUCUUACCUUGGCAGAUCUCUUGCCAAAAAUAAAAUAAAGACAACAAUAACAUAAGCAUUCCACAGCUUAUAAGAUGAUGAUUGUAAGUGUAGAAUUAGGGUCCUAGCUGGGCCACUUAGUAGGGCAAGGCUUUCAAAAACAAAUAUUAUGGAAUGAUUCAAUAAUUACUGUAAGUAGAGUGAGAAAAUCUUGUUUGUGGAUGCGCUUCUAGUUUUUAAUCUUUUCAUAACUAUAUAAAAUGUAAUGCUGAACUAUUUCACUCUCAGGAGUGAUUCUGGAUGAUACCAACUGUAUUUAGUGAAUUUAUGUAAUACAGAUUAAAUUGACUGUUCCUGAAAUGGUUAGAACUUUGCCGUUUUGCUUGUGCACAGCAAUGUGAGGAACGUAUUUGUUCCUGUUAGUAAGUGCUUCCAUCAGAAAGUGCAGUGUGUUCACUGUAGUAGAUCUAACAUAUAGUGAAUUAUUGGCUCCUGCAGCUUGCAUGAUGCAAGCUUUAUAUUUAAGGUUGGCAACUUUGCUUAUGGCAAGAAAUUAUAGCAGAAAGCAAAAUUAUUUAAAAGUCCUGAAAUAUUUUUUCAUCUGCUUGUUGUAUAAAGUGAAAAAAAAGCUGCACCCCAAAAUCUGUUUAAUCGAUUUCAAAGAAAAUAAUUAUGCUUACGUAAAGUUAAAAUGAAUUUUCCAAUGAAUUUCUCAUUACCAAAAGUCUUUUGGGCAUUCAGGUGGUGUUAAAGAUAUUGGAAAAAUAACACUACAAGUUAUGAACUGAGCAAAAAUUCACAAAAAUUGCAAAGGAUUUAUGGUAUCCAUCAGUUUUGUAAUACAAGUUAUUUCAGUUGUGUUGAAUACAAAGUUUAUAAAAUAAAUUAAAACUUGGUAUUCAUAAGAUGGGAAGCUGGCAACUACAAGCACACAAAUUGUUUUGGAUUAUAAUUCCUGAACAUCUAAAAGACCUGUACUAAGACUAGGGAUAAUUAUAGGAGAAACAGAAUGCAGAAAAUACGGAGAGUGCCCCAUUAGUUCUUGAUAACGAUCAUAAAACUUAACUACCUGUUAUGCAAUCAAAUGCAUAGAAUAGGCCAUUGGAUUUGAAUAUUAUCAUGUUCAGUAAAUACUGGCUUGUUGGAAUAUGUUGAUAUUUGUGCUCAGAUAAGUAAUUAUAUUUUGUGAAUCAGUGCAAAUUGCCUAAGAAUAGGCAUAUUCUUACCUAACAGAAAAGACAUGGAUAAUUUGAAAGGCUGUUUGAUUUUGUUCUUGACUCUCAGCAACUGUAUUCUUUUAUCUAAUUUGUGAAUUUAUGAAUUAAAGGAAACCUUUUCCCUGAUGAUUAUCUAAUGCUAUCUUAUUACACAUACUUUUCCUGUAUUCUGCAAUACGUGUAAGCUAAUAAACUAGGUGGCAAUCUACUGCCCUUGUAAUAAAGUAACAAUAUUUGUAAGAUCCAGAGUUGCUGCUAACAGAUUAUUUUCUAGUAGCAUGAUCAGUUUUCAGGCAAGAAAUUAUUGGAAUUGUAAUCCUUUUCACUUUUGCAUCUUUCUCUCUAAAACAUGCCAGUGCUAAUUAUGUGGUGAUCACAGAAUAAUCUCAGACAGCCUAUAUAUAUAUAUCAAAAGCAAAGUAAUUAUUUUCUAGGAUUAAUGAGUCAACAUACUGUAUCUCAUAGAAAUAUUUUGUAUUAGAAAACUUUUGUUUUGGCAUAGUUUGAUUCCAGAAAUCUGAAGAAGCUUAACAGCUAUAUUUUCACUACAGUACUUAAAUUUAAGACCAGAUCAUACUGAACAUCUUGUUUGCUGUGUUAAUAAUAUAUGUUUGAUAUAAUUUUGAGGCAUCACAUUUCAUACAUGCUCAUUCAAAUAAGCAUUCAAUGUAAUAUAAAAAAUAAGUCAUCCUGGAUUUGAUUAAUCUUAAACAUAAAAAUUUCUC